GGGCCAUGCGGAGGGCCGCCGGGAUGGAGGACUUCUCCGCAGAGGAAGAGGAGCCCUGGUACGACCAGCAGGACCUGGAGCAGGACUUGCACUUGGCCGCUGAGCUGGGGAAGACGCUGCUGGAGAGGAACAAGGAGCUGGAGGCGUCGCUGCAGCACAUGUACGCCACCAACGAGGAGCAGGUGCAGGAGAUCGAGUACCUGACCAAACAGCUGGACACACUGCGGCACGUGAAUGAGCAGCACGCCAAGGUGUACGAGCAGCUGGACCUGACUGCCCGAGACCUGGAGCUGACCAACCAGAAGCUGGUGCUGGAGAGUAAGGCUGCGCAGCAGAAGAUCCACGGGCUGACAGAGACGGUUGAGCGCCUGCAGGCCCAGGUGGAGGAGCUGCAGGCCCAGGUGGAGCAGCUUCGGGGCCUGGAGCAGCUGAGAGUGCGCAGGGAGAAGCGGGAGCGCAGGCGCACCAUCCACACCUUCCCCUGCCUCAAGGAGCUGUGCACCAGCAGCCCCCGGUGCAACGAUGCCUUCCGCCUGCACAGCUCCUCUCUGGAGCUGGGCCCCCGGCCCCUGGAGCAAGAGAAUGAGAACCUGCAGACGCUGGUGGGAGUGCUGCGCUCCCAGGUGAGCCAGGAGCGGCAGCGCAAGGAGCGGGCGGAGCGCGAGUUCGCCUCGGUGCUGCAGGAGUACGCGGAGCUGGAGCAGCAGCUGAGCGCCAUGGAGGGCUGCCGCCUCCGCGUGCAGGAGCUGGAGGCCGAGCUGCUGGAGCUGCAGCAGAUGAAACAGGCCAAGACCUACCUGCUGGGCCGGGAGGACCACCUGGUUAAACUUCCUAAAGUACUGAUCCGGCACGCGGGCAACCUCACGCUGCACGCCAACAGCGUGCGCAAGCGGGGCAUGUCCAUCCUGCGCGAGGUGGACGAGCAGUACCACGCGCUGCUGGAGAAGUACGAGGAGCUGCUGAGCAAGUGCCGGCAGCACCGCGCGGGCGUGCGGCACACGGCCGUGCAGACCUCGCGGCCCAUCUCCCGGGACAGCUCGUGGAGGGACCUGGGGGGCAGCGAGGAGGGCCAGGGCGAGGCCCGGGCGGAGCUGACCCCACAGCAGUCACACCUGCUCCCCCAGAAUGUCCUGGGCACGUGCAACAGCCAGUGGUCCCAGCGUCCACCCCUGCACCCCUUCACCCAAGACUCACCCUACAGUGACCGGUUUUGA